AUGAGUUCAAGAAGAUCGCGCCGGGCUCCGUCUACUGCCCAAGACGACGGUGCCUCUACUAGUACUCGGUCUAGACGGCACCGUAACCGUGACUCUACCAGUCACCGCAAUCGUGACUCUAGCCAGCACACUUCCAGCCAGCAAACCUCCAGCCACCUCCACCCCAACCAGCACAACCCCAGCCACCGCCCGCCAUCGGUCGUGUCACGCUAUUCGCUGCGCGACCAGUUUGCUGCGACCCGGCAAGAGUAUGAAUUUGGCUUUGACGAUGCCUCGUCCAUUCUGGAACGGUCGACCUUCGCCUCUGAAGCCGUCCACGGCGAUGAAGCCGAGGGCGUUCCUGGGGCGGCACGUCUAGCCUUCUCUUCCGGCCGCGUCAUUAAUCGUGAUUGCUAUGAGCUGUUGUGCCUGCCAAGGAGCCCAUCUCUGUCCCCUGAUCAGAUUUGGGAAGCAGCGCAUCGUCUCGCCCAGGUUUUGGCAGUCGACAAGCAGCCCCCAGCUUUGCAAGGUUCGGCUGCUUUCCAGCUGGGUUUGGCCCAAGCCGCCGUCGAGACUCUGGUUGACCCUUCUCGAAGGCUGGGUUAUGAUAUCUCCAGGGCCGGCAAGACUGAUUUAGAUUCGGAUGAGGAGGGUAUUUACGACGAAUUUUUGGACCUGGAAGGCAGCGGGGCUUAUGAGGCUAGGCUCCAAGAGCAGUAUCUCCUCCUCACACAGCGAGAGUCUCGAGCGGGUACCGACGUCGGUCUUCGGUUGGACGCCACAUCUCUCGUUGGCUUUGUUGGUUCUCGACUGGGUCCCCGGCGUGACGUUGAUUCUCAACGGGGUACAUGGCGUUUCGUUGGCUCUCAACCCCAACGGGGUUCGCGGCGGCAGGGUCUGAAGCCGGAGAUAUUAGACUUCUCGCUUCAGAAAACAGCUAGCACCAGUGUGCCGGCCCUGCGGAAGCCUAUUGAGAGGACAAUUGGGAGGGCCGUUGAGAGCACUGUUCUGUUUAUCCGGAACUUGGGCGCUGAAAAGAAGUUGCGCAAGGCCAGCCCAGGACGUUAUCUUCGUCUCUCAAACCCGACCCUGGCAGUCACUGCAUCGGCACACGGGCUAUUGGAUGAGCCAUUCAAGCUCACGCCACUCCUUCUUGACCGCUACCAGCCACCGGGGCCCUCAGUACACGAAAGAAUGCGCGUGGAGAAGCUACUGGCGUCCCGAUUCCUUCCUGGUCUGAGCCUAAACUUCCGCCAGGAGCUCUUCUGGCGAACGGCACCUAUCGCUACUGCCCUCCCCCAGUUUGUCAUCGAACAAGAGCUAGAAGUUCUCCCUCGCCCUUCCACGACUACCCGGAUAGGCCAAUCUUUCAAGCUAUUUGGCAGCCAUCACCCCCUCAACGUCGAGAUCUCGGCCCGGAAGCUGCUUGGCCGCAGGAGCGAGCCGUUUCCGAGCCUGGGGCUGGCUGUUCACCAACGGGUUGGUCCCGGCACGGCCUUCCUCUUAGCAGAGGCAGACGACUGGAAGCUCCGGCCAUCCAAGGAGUGCCAAGAGAUGCCCAAGUUUUCCAAGGCCUUGGGCGGUCUCGCACCCCUAAUCAAUACUUUGCGCACCCCGCCUACCGUCGAAAUCGGCUAUGUCUUUGGGAGGAACGACAUGGGCAUGCAGUCCGGCCAAGCCCUCACCAAGCCCACCAUAAAGGGUCUCACAGCCCUUGACAACGACCUCGACGAGCAGCAGCCCAGCUCCUGGUCCAUCUCCACGGGCCUGAGCCCCAGCACGGCAGUGGGCUACCUCCGCUACGGCCGCGACCUCUUCACCUCCCCCGCCGACGCAGCGAAGCCCUCCCCAAGCCAGGCCAACAACAACAAAACCGGCUUCCGCGCCGAGGCCGAGCUCGCCGCCACCUCACAGCACGACUUCUUCCUCGCGUUCCGCGCCCUCAAGCGCGUCGGCCGCUUCUCCAAAGCCGGCCUCGAAGUCGGCCUCUCCACCAGCAACCUGCACGUCUCGCUGUACUGGUCGCGCCUGGGCCAGCGCCUCAGCCUGCCCAUCCUCACCACCGCCGACACCAGCGCCACCACCUCCGCCGCCGCCGACGGCGGCCGACCCACCCUCCCCAUCAACCACCUCCUCCUCACCACCCUCCUCCUGCCCCUAACCGCCUUCUCCGCCUGGGAAGCGUACAGCAACCUCCGACGCAAAACCCAAUCCGCGGCGGCGCUCAAGGCGCGCCGGGCGCAGCAGCUGGCGGCGCACGUGGCGGCGCGGCGGGCCGAGGCGGACAAGCUGACGGUGGUGCUGGCGGCCGGGGUGGGGCCGCGGCAGGCGGCGGCGCGCAAGCGCGGCGGGCUGGUGAUUGUUAGCGCCAAGUUUGGCGUGCGCGGGGCGCCGCCCCGACGAGGUCGCCGAUGUGACGAUUGCGCUGGCGGGCUUGGUGACCGUGGCGGAUGA